CUCUUCCUCCCCGCAGCUACAAUGGUGGGGAUGCAAUCCGAUGACGGGGGCAACCCCUUGGGAAGCAUACCUCCUUUGAUGUUUCUAUAUGUGUUACGAACUCCUUAAUUACAUAUUCGAAUUCUGUCUUCGACAUUCAUUGAGAGAACUCUCCUCACUCAUACCCAAACAUCGACAUCAUGGCACCAACACCCGGCAUCCUCUACGUGACAAUGCAGCCCAAACCCGGGCUCCAAGAAUCUGCCUUCCACGAUUGGUACAACAACGAACACGGCCCUACACGUCUGCGUCUCGACUUCUGUCAAAAUGGCUUCCGGUACCGCGCCAGCGAUCUCGAGGGCGCUGCCGGGUCGGAAAGUCAGCCAGAAUGGAUGGCAGUGUACGAUAUCGAUGAUAUGGCGGAAUUGACGAAAGAUGUGUAUCUGCGGCUGCGAGAUCCGCCUGUGAAGAGUCAGAGGGAGGUUGAGACGAUGGCGAAGAUUAAGGUUGAUCGAAAACUAUACGAUUUCGUGGAGGAGAGACAUAGUGAUGAGUUUGUGGAGAUGGAGAAGGUGGAGAAUGAGGGGAGGGGAAAUGUGAUGGUUGCCGUGUUUCUGGAUCUACACAAUAGGGAAGGUAUGCAGGAACAGGUGGAUAAGUGGUAUAGAGAGGAGCAUAUCGAGUUGUUGUCAAAGGUGCCGGGUUGGUUGAGGACGAGGAGAUUUGUAACCAGUUCGAUCGAUCCGAAAGCCCCUUACGAAUUGCUUGCACUACACGAAUACGCACCGAAAAAUGGACUUGGAGGACCAGAAUUCAAAACUGCAACGACGACGCCUUGGAACCAGGAGAUCAUGACAAAGGUGGUGAAAGACAAGCGGAGGAGAGUGUAUGAUUUAUACUAUACUUUUGGUCCAGCUCCACGAUACCUCUCCUCGAAUAUGGCUUCGUGGCAUUCUUCAGACGAGAAGGUAUCUCUGACAACAACUAUUCCUGACUCUCCUGGUGGGGCUGGAGCCAUAGAGUCAUAUAUCACAACCAAAGACGGGGUCGAACUUCCUUUCCGACUGGAAGGAUCUGCAGAUCCAGAUGCACCAUUCAUCGUCCUCAGCAACUCCAUUCUCGUGGAUUACAAGAUCUGGGAUGGAUUUCUCUCUAACUUCUUCUCAAAGCCGUCCAACAAGAAAUAUCGCAUUCUACGGUACCUGACCAGAGGUAGAUCUUCAGAAACUGGCUCAAGAGAGGUGACGGUGGAUAUUCUAGCAGCGGAUAUCAUCACUAUUUUGACCGCGCUCAGAGUCAAGAAAGCAGCUGCAGUGAUUGGUGUCAGUCUUGGUGGGGCAACGGUUCUCAACACAGCUCUGACAUACCCAGACCGUGUAAGUGCAUUCGUAAGCUGCGACACGAGCAGCAAAUCUCCAGCAGGAAAUUCGAAAGCCUGGGGUGAUCGAAUUGCUGUCUCAGAGAAAGAAGGCGCUUUAGCUGCAAGCGGCGAGAAGAUUGUGGGAGAGGAGCUUGCUGAAAUGACUACUCGAAGAUGGUUUGUCAAGGAGAGCUAUGAUGGAGGUGUGUUGGAGAAAACCUGCCUCGAAGUCAAGGAGAUGGUCAAGACCAAUAGUCAGGAAGGGUUCAAGAAGAGCGUAAAUGCACUGUUUGACUAUGACCUGAAAGAGAAGAUGAAGACGUGUCAAGUCAAGGGAUUGUUUGUUGUUGGCAGUGGAGAUGGCGUCUUGCCAGGUACGAUGCAAGAGAUGGCUAGUGCCUAUGGAUCCAGUGGUGCUGGAUAUGAGGUUGUUCAGGGAGCGGGACAUUUGCCAAUGGUUGAGAAGCCAAGGGAGUUUUCUGAAAUUGUCACGAAGUUCUUGGGAUAAUUGUCAGAUAUAUUGAACACUCUUCAGUGUUGUGUGGUAGCCUUUUUACCGUCUUCUUUCACUUGCUCGCAAUCGU